CUUCAAUUGCAAGUUGAAGCGCCGCUCACGUUACCAAUUGGGGCACUCAUUGUCAUGUUCUUGAAUCAUCUUGUUCCAAUCUGACGAGUUAUCGACCUAGCUGACAUCUCCUGACAAAUCGUCUUGGUAACCAACUCUAAGUCUAACCUCAGGCUGAGGGUUUGAAGAGCCAGCGUCUCGGGAGUUCAAGUUCUCACUUCUGCCAUGCAGCCCCGUAUCUUCGCAGAGCGAGCGAGCGCAAUCAAACGCGCACAAGUUGCCAGUGGAACGAAAGCCGUGCGCACACGCGCGAUACAACCACGACCCGAUCAACCUGUGAACGGACAGAUACCUCCUCGCCCCGACGGUCCCACUUCCCCAACACAGCGACUCCCAGAUGACCUCCUGCACGAUAUCUUCUACGACAUUGCCGCGACAUGCACCUGCGCCACUCAAGACGGGGAUCUCGUGUCAGGCAGCGUCCUGCUCCUCCCAGUGUCGCACGUAUGUCGGUACUGGCGAGCGCUGACCCUCGCGUACCCGCGAUUGUGGUCGCUCCUCCACAUAACCACCAAUACGCGCGUCGCAAUGUUGCGCGAGUUCCUAGCACGCUCGCAAGGUGUCCUCCUCAACGUGAAGCUACGCGGCCCGAAGUCCGUCUGGGAACCGAGCGAGGACAUCGUGCGGAUCGCGCGGAUGCUCGCGGAGCACGCAGACCGCAUCGAGGCGUUCCACAUCGGACAGUUCUUCAAGGAGGACAUGGGGAAGGUGCUCGCGUUUUAUGCGGACAAGCCCGCGCACAACCUCCACUCUCUGAUGGCGUUCUCCGGCUCGUACAUGGAGAUUCCGGCGUUGUUUGCUGGGGACAUGCCCACGUUGCGGCGACUUCACCUUGCGAGGAUAUCCAUGCCGUGGCUGCCCUACCGGGACAUGGUCGAGAUGGAGAUACCAAGUCAGCUCACGCCGGCUACGGAAGACAUACUGUGGACUCUACGCCACUCACCGUCCCUCACAUUGUUCUCGAUGGUUAUGCAUGGAGAUCCCUCUGCCCCCGUCAUGUCUGAGCCUGCUUCUAAGUCCCUAGUCCAUUUACCGCGAUUGCAGAGGCUGCAUCUGGGUACAAUGCGCGACACCGAUGACGUGCUGCAGAUCUUGCCUCACCUCGAAUUUCCAGCCACCACCCGUGUUAACCUUUGUCUACGACAACGGAUGAAGACGAACGUGGACUUGGGGGACCUCUGUCCUCCACUCCGCGCGGUGAAGGCUCAGGUUCGCCAGGGGUUCCUGCAGUUCAUCUGCGUGGAGGACCUGUACAGCAUCAUCUUCCGAUCCCCCGACAAUGUCUUUUCCGUGGAGUGGCAAUGGGGACGCUGGCAGUGGGGUUCGGACAACGAGGCCGACGUGUCGAGCACGACGAACACGCUCGACUGCGUCACACUGCCGAAUCUGACAUCCCUCGCGAUACAUGCUAUCCGAUACUUCCUCAGCACGCCCCAGUGGGUCGACGUGCUUCAGCGUUUUUCCUCCAUCCAUAAGCUCGAGAUCGACUUCCGCUCCAGUCAGCUCGGCUCUGCGUGGGCAAAGGUUCCAUCGUUCUUCGCAGCUCUCGGUAAAGAUGGGACAGACGGACGGCUCGUAUGCCCCAGCCUCACUCACUUGGCUAUCAUGCGGGCGAGCUUUGUCGAGGGGCAUGCCAAGGAGGCUUGGGAUGCGCUCGUCGUGGCACUGUCCGGUCGACUAGCGAAGGGCGCGCCGCAGCUUGUCAAGCUGGAGAUUACGACGCGGGACCCAACGAGCGCGCUCUCGGAUACGCGGCUUCGUAAUCUGGAACAGCUGGUAGAGGGAGUUUAUAUCCAAACGGUUAGGGCCCGAUGACAUUCGUCCCGUAUCUUUCAGUCAUUAUUGACGUUGUCCUAGUACGAGAUAUGGCCUUGAGCAUGGCAGAAACAACCUCGUCCACUGUGGCGUAUAGAUUAAAUUAGCUGUAAAAUAGUGCCAGGGGACAGGAGUAUCGUGAUAUCACUACUAGCAGGUGUAUUGCUGUUGAUCGGAGUGUAGACGCAACCACAUUUUGAGUCUCUAUUCAAUAUUACAACCGCACACAUCUUUCG